AUGACCCACUACAACUUCCUGUUCACCACUUCUCACAUCUACUCCAACGGCUUUGAUCUGGAUUUUUCAUGCCUAUACACUCGACCACUGCGAAAUGUGCACAUUCCUACAUAUUCGUUCAAUCGAAGAUCUAUCUGGUUCACGGACAAACCCCUGAUAUUCGACCAUUACCUUCUUGGGACAGUGAAAAGAGAAACUGAAGCAUCAGUGGUUUUCCGAAAUUGGCUCGACAUUCUGCGCCACCCACUCUUGUUCAUGAGCAGUUCUGUUCCGAAAGGCGUUGUAAUAGAAAUCGCUCAUGCUGCUCUCACUAAGGAGAAUUGCGACAGUUUGUGCAUCACGGAUGUUCGAGUAGCUCCGUUGAAUAUCGUCUCUCCUUGCUUGUUGGAGACCGAGGUGAAGAGGAUAAAUGGUUAUCGUGUGGUAUCCGCACACGUGAAUAAACGCAAUUUUUUUAUUUGUGUCGCCUCAGCAAUGGAUGGAGGUCAAAUGGAAAAUGUUAACGCAGAGCUAGACCGGCUUCCUAAAACAGGUGAAGCUGCCGCAGAAACGCAACCGCUGCUCUUUCCUGAGCUUCAGUCUAGAAUUCUCGUAACGGAAGAUCUAAGCUAUGCAUCUGAAAGUCGAAAUCGUAAUCGACGAAAUUUGUUAAACUGCAAGGCGGACAAAACUUUGGAAUCCGUCCUGAACGCUACUCAGGAUGUUCUUUCUCAGCAAAUUCCGAUCAAUGACGAAACACUAUCUAUGGGGUUCAUAGAUUUGGGUUUGGAUUCGCUGAACAUGGUCGAGUUCGUGAGCCGUUUGAAUCAAAAAUACUUUCCAGGAAUGGAUAUUUCUACAGCAGAUAUUUUCGACUAUCCUACAAUAAUGCAACUUGCAGAGCAUAUCAGAGAGUCGAAGGCCCACAUUCUUGUGGAGGAUCAUCCAAGAGAAAAAUCACCAAUCUGCAAGUUGGAUAGAAUUGAGGAAAGGGUGCUGAACGCUACUCAAGAUGUUCUUUCUCAACAAAUUCCGUUCAAUGACGAAACACUAUCUAUGGGGUUCAUAGAUUUGGGUUUGGAUUCGCUGAACAUGGUCGAGUUCUUCGAUUCUACUCAGUCACCUGCUCUCGAUUUCUCUCGGAUCAUAGCAAAUGGAGCCAUUGUCAAGUUCCACUCUGAAGCUACGAUACAGCCAAAGUCACUGUUUUCUUCAUUGCUCUGCUUCGCGCAUCAGACCUCAAGAGACUGCAAAGAGAAUUUACAAGUAUUCCCUUCAAGAUCAACUGGCGUUAUUCACAGCGCCGGAGUUGUUCGUGAUGGUGUCAUGGAGCGGCAGACUUCAGAGACCUUCUCUGACGUUUUCACACCCAAAGGAGACGGAUAUCAUGCUAUAGACACUCUUUUGCGCGACAAUGGACACCAUUUGGACCACUUUAUUGUGAUGUCGUCUUUCACAGUUAUUACUGGCAAUGUUGGACAACUAAACUAUGGGGUCUCCAACGCCUACCUUGAUCAUCAAAUGUAUCUGCGUCGGAUGGAAGGAAAGCCAGGGACCACGAUUCAUUGGGGAAACUGGAAAGAGCAUGACCAUAGCCGUCCUCCAACAGGACACUACUCAACAAAAGGCGAGCCCCUUCUAACUGAUAAGGUCAGAAGGAAGAUUUCGGAAGAUUAUCCUGCUUCCAAUGCAGUGACAGUUGAAAAAGCUGGACCGACUAGCGCGAUAUGCAAUGUGUUCGGCCUCAAUGUGUUUUUCGACGACGAAGACGACUUUCAUAUUGACGUGGCCAAACAACACAACAUUUUACAAACGGCUUCGGACAAAGGAGAAGAUGCCCAGCUGGUUGUGGCCGCUGCGCUUGCGCUAGAAAGGCAAGGUGUUCCGAUUUCAUGGCCUUCAUUGUAUCAGUGCGAAGUGGAUGAUGGUCAAAGAAGAACGUCUGUUCUCGAAUAUCCUCUAGAAUUGAAGAAAGCGCUAUCAAACGAAGACAAGGAGAUUGUACAAGGUCACUAUGUUAACAAAGAGAACAUCGUCCCAGGUGCUUAUCAGAUGAGAGAUCCGAAGGAAAUGCACCAAUUGACUGCAAUGUGCCAACAAUUCUACCGUAUGAUGGCCAUAAAUGGUCUUGAAUACCGCGAUCAAUUCCAAGUAAUCAAGUCGCUCAGAAGAAUGGAACGUCAUGCACGGUAUUCUCUUCAUGACAGCGUAGUCCAUCGGAGGCCUGACGUCUACUUCGUUCCAAUAGCCGUAGGAGAAAUAUGGAUGAACAAUGCCAUUGAUCUUUCACAAGCGAAGUCAGUUAUACUCGUGACGGAAAAGGUGGCCGAAAACGAUAAGCUGAUCGACGCCCACGCAUGUCUUCUUGUUGACGAUAAGGUGAUCUUUCAGUACAAGAGUAAGCUGAGUAUGGUCAUAAAAGUCGCUACCGACAGAGGUAACUUUGCCGAGGGAGUCAAUCCUCUAGCUACCCUCAGCCAUACUCCUAACACCAACCAGUCAAGUGACUUAUCAAAUGAUGACAACGUUCCUGAGAAAUCUUCUGAGAAAACUGGCGGCGUCUACAUAGUUGGAUAUGAUGGCAGUUUCUGCUUCGAUGUCUCUGACAACCUGCAGCUAUGGCAAGCCAUGAAAACUGGAAUUCUUCUAAAGGACUACAAAUUCAGGGAAUGCCCCGAAGGAAGCCCUGCUUUGAUGGACAUCGAUGUGACCGAAUGGGAUCCUGAAUUUUUCGGAAUCAGCCCAAGGGAGGCGAAGUACGUUGAUGUGCUUCAACGUUUCAUGAUGAGAUCGUCGCUGGCAGAUGAAUGGCCAAAUGCCGGAUGGACCAUCAUGCCCACAGCGAAACCGGCAUAUUCAUCGGACCCAACCUCACCCCCGAUCCGAACUUCCCGCGUAAGUACUUUAUGGCCCAAUUUUCUUCCUGCUGACAGACGCCCUGCCCUUAAAACGAAUGGUCGCAUGAGUUCAGGUCAUACUGUGAAGCACAAUCUGACCAGCUCAUCGGCCAUAUUUGCACGAAGUUUCAAAAAGGACGCCCUUCUUACAGAUACCGCCACUGUAUUCUCUACAACUACAAACGGCACCUCGUUUGGGAGACUGGAGCGUUCUUGGAUGAUGCAGAAUCACUCGGACACCUACAUCUUCCCCGGAGUUCACGAAGGGAUCCGAGGGUGGUGGUGGCUGCCUCGUCAGUGGCUGCGAUCCUCGGUUCACGAGGACAGGCAAACUACGCCUUUUGCGAACGGGCUAAUGACAUCCUUGGCAGAGAAGUCAGAAUCACCGACUAUGGUGAUCCACUGGGGACCGUGGAAGAAUACGGGGAUGCUACAAGGUGAUCAUGCUGACAACGUAUUCAAGCAGUUACACGCUAAUGGCUGGGAGGCACUCGAACCCGUGGAGGCACUGGAUGUGUUGAAUACGAGUGCAAAAGACGUGGUGGUGUUCAGAGGAGACUUUGAGUUGAUAGCCAAACAACAAGAGCAUCUGAGGAAGUUCCUGACAAACAUGCUAUGGUUGAGCCCAGAAAAGGAAGAAAUAACAACCGAGCGUCUACUGGAGGAGAUUAUCGCUCGCAUCAGUGGAAGCGAUCGAAUCUCUGAAGAAAGGCACACCCCGCUGAUGAAUUUGGGCCUGGACUCGCUAAUGAUUGAGGAAAUUCGCGUCGCUAUCAAUGAACGCUUCGGUUGUGCUUUGAAAGCUACGGAGAUCUACGAUAACUGCACAUUGAGUAAGUUGGAGAGUUUGGUUGCCAGUCGUGCCAAGCUACAGCCAGAACGAAGCAUCACGCCUUCAGAACCCGAAGCUCUACCAAGGUCUAGCCAAAAUGGUGAUAUAGCCAUCAUAGGGUACAGUGGCUCCUUUUCUGGUUGCAGGAACGUUGAGGAGUUUUGGGAGAAUCUUCUGGCAGGGAAGGAGUGCAUUACGCGGGCAGAAUCACCAGAGGAGGGUUUCGUCGACGCCGCUGGACUGAUUGAUGACAUCGACAAAUUUGACCACAACUUCUGGAAAAUGACUUCAGACGAUGCGUCGAUGCUGGAUCCUCAGCUUACGCGUUUUCUUACAGCACGCCUACAACUCUCUGGAGAAAUACGGUAUGUGGAAUGUCAUGGAACUGGUACUUUAGUGGGUGAUGAAAUCGAGAUCGAAUCAAUGAAAAGUGUCUAUGGGCAGAGGAAAGACCUAACCAUCGGAUCGGUCAAGGCCAAUAUUGGACAUGGAUUUGCUGCAAGUGGAAUGGCCGGUCUUUUCAAGGUGAUCAAAAUUCUUCAGGACCAGAUCAUUCCUCCACAGAUCAACCUAGAUUGUCUGCAAGAGGACAUUCCAUUUCAAAUCAACAGGAAGCCCAUAGCCCUUGAUUCGGGCUCACUGGCGGCAUGUCGAGCCCUUGCCGAUUAUCUUCGAAGUCGAUCUGAUAUUGAUCUGGAAGCUGUCGCUGCCACUCUCCAGCAGAACAGGGAUAUUUUUAAAUAUAGAGCAGCAUUCGUUGUGAAAUCAGUUCCAGAAGCAAUCUCCCAGCUGGAGGCAUUUAAUUCACCGACCACAGCAGUUCCACUGGACAACUCCAACCUGUGCUUCUUCUUCGCUCCACAAGGGGUGCAAUACCCGAACAUGGAAAAGGCGUCAAUGGACUAUGCAGAGGUCUUCAAAAGGGAGCUCGAGCGACUGACUGGGCUUGCUUCCAAACUUUUUCAAGAGGAUUUCAUGGAGAUAAUGUACCCACAAAUUAAUCAAGAUUCCAAUUUGAUCCUCGCAGCAAAAUAUGCGCAAGUGGCCCUUUUCAUCAUCUCCAGGGCGAUAGUUGCCCAGUUGGAUUCUUGGGGGAUCUCUUCAGAUUUUCUCAUAGGUCACAGUGUGGGCGAGUAUGCAGCUGCCUGCUAUGCUGGUAUUAUGGACGAGUUAUCUUGCAUGAAACUGCUCAAGGAACGGGGAGAACUAGUGAGCACUACAAAGGAAGCUAGAUGCUCGCCUGCUAGGUUCGGUCAUGAAGCUCUUCCAGCAGACGUUGAGGUGACCGCUCAUCUUUCGGAUAACAUGAAAUGUGUUGUGGGCCCGCCGGGCUCAAUCGAGGCCCUGAAGGAGAGACUGCUCGAGAAGGGGAUUGCUUUCCGUGAGCUUUCAACUGAACAUCGGAUUCAUUCGUCUAUGAUGAUGUGUUCAAGGAAGAUUUCAUCAGAGCCGUAA